AUGGCCGGAUGGGAUCUGCUCAAAAUAUUGCUAGAUGAAGUCCAGGAACAUUCCACACUCAUCGGAAAAGUGUGGCUGACUGUGCUUUUCAUCUUCAGAAUACUUAUCCUAAGCUUGGCAGGAGAGUCUGUUUGGGGAGAUGAGCAGGCUGGCUUCACUUGCAAUACACGGCAACCCGGGUGUACCAAUGUCUGCUAUGAUAAGGCUUUCCCUAUCUCGCAUGUCCGCUACUGGGUGCUACAGUUCCUCUUUGUGAGCACUCCCACCUUGAUCUACCUUGCGCAUGUCAUUUAUUUGUCCAGAAGAGAGGAGAAAUUAAUGCAGGAGAUUACGAAAGAAAUAGGUGCUGAAACAGAAUCAAAGAUGAAUAAUAAUAAAAAUCAAGCACCUACCAAAAAAAUUAAAAUCCAUGGAGCCUUAGUCUACACCUAUGCAAUCAGCAUCAUCUUCAAAAGUUUAUUUGAAGCUGGAUUCAUUUUUGGUCAGUGGUAUCUAUAUGGUUUUGUGAUGCCUCCGAUUUUCCAGUGUGCAAGAGUGCCUUGUCCUCACAACGUGGACUGCUUUGUUUCCCGACCCACGGAAAAGACUAUUUUCAUCAUCUUCAUGUUGGUGGUUUCUCUGAUAUCUUUGUUACUCAAUUUGCUUGAACUUAUUCACCUUUGCAACAAGCAAUUCCAAAAACGUCAUUUAAGGGAGGAAGUAAUUUGCUUUUCUCCUAACUCCACAAAACGCUUACCGAAUGGAGACAGUUCUCACCAGUCUUACUAUAAUCCUACCUCAGGUGACUCUGAGCUACCAGUGUACGUCAAAGGUUCAGGAAGGAAUCGCUGGCAAAGCAUCCAAUUGGGAAAAAUGAUUAACAGUCCUAAGAAGACCAAUGCCUUAUCUGACGGUUGGUCCCAAAGUGGUUUUUCCAUGGUAGUUACUGAUGUUCCAGGACAAGUGUCCAACUCGGCAACCAUUACCUGUAGCUCCCAUACUGCUGGCAAACAACAGUAUGUCUAG